AAGUGAUCUAUUUGUUCGAUAUUUGAUUCGAGAAGAGAACGAUAUUUCUGCGAAAUCGGGUAGAGAAAUUGGCAUUUUAUUUCCAGACGGUGUUGUAUAUGGAGACUAUGACGUCGACCGUGCCUGCUAAGUCUCAGCCGCUACACAACUUUUCUUUGCCUCACUUGAAGUGGAAGAAGAAUCAUCACUCCAACAACCACCACCGCGGUCGCUCCCCCAAGCUCCCCGAAUCGGCAUCAUCUCCGUCGCGGGUUGAUUCGCCCAUACGGAAGUCUCAGUCGCCACUGCUACAGUCGUUUCAGUCUCCCAAUCAUGAGCCUUUGACCCAGCCGGCGCGCCAAUCUGCCGUGCUCGGCGGAGAUUUGGUUUCGGAAUCGAGUAGGCGGAAUUCGGUUGCCGAGAAGGGAAGGAAUGGGGUUCCGGAGAAGUUGGAGAAGAAACAUAGGGUUUCGGAGAUGGAUGCGAUUGGGCAGAAAGAAGGCAGAUCAAAAAUAGUGCUGAAACUCCCUCGGAAGAAUAAGGGCGUGGAAAUUCAGGAGGAGCCAAAGGCCGAUGAGGUUCAAGAGGAGGGAAAGACGGCGGCGGCGCCGGCUGCUGUAGAUCGGGAAUCAUCGGAAGAGCCAGUGUCGAAGACAUGGAAUUUGAGGCCCAGGAAGCCGAUACAGAAGUCAUUGAAUUUGAAUGGAGUCCAAUUCAAAGCCUCUAUGACAGAGGACAAAACUCAGUCGCCUCACAGGACUCCAAUCAGGUCGGAGGCCGAGUUGAACAAUGCUGAGAAGAAGGAAAAGCGGCAGAGAUUUUCACUUGCGCUCUCCAGGGAAGAGAUUGAAGAGGAUAUAUUUGCUCUCACCGGAUCCAAACCUGUAAGGCGACCCAAGAAGAGAGCUAAAUCUGUUCAGAAACAGCUUGACACUCUUUUUCCUGGGUUAUGGUUGUCUUCAAUUACUCCGGAUUCGUAUAAAGUCUCUGAAAUACCUUUAAAGGGGUAGUUGGAAUUGUUCCCAGAAGUUUGUAGUUCAGAUGGUCUUUGGAAUUUUGAAGACAUGACUUAGAAAUUUUGUCAUCUCAUAGGAGGUUUAAUCAGCUGUUACCUGUAAAGAUAAAGAAGGGAUAAACUACUUUUCUUCUUUCCUUCAUAGCUUUUCUUGAUUAUCUCAGAGAAUUGGAAAAUAAUUUUACUUCUUUUAUUUCGUUGAUUGAUAGCAGCAGAUGUACAUAUGGAUUUUCAAUCAAUUUAAUGGGUUUCUGCUUUCAAAUUUUAA